UCUUCUACAUGUAAUUUUGAGAAUGGUCUGUGAUAGCGUCUAAAAUGGCGGCUGCAGAAGUUCAGAUAGAAAAUCCUUCGAAUUUACAAAUAAUUGAAAGCUUCCUCAAUGAUCCUAUUUACAAAGAAAUUAUUGAGAAUUCAUCAACGUUUAACUCUAGAUUAUGUGCGGAAAGGAGGAUGCGAAUGCCCUUUAUCGAUACACAGACCGGAGUGGCACAGAGCCAUUGCAAUUUAUUUAUGACAAGAAAACAUCGGAUGCCAGGAGCUAAAGAAGGACAAGUUUAUACAUAUCCUGCACAAAGAUGGCGCAAAGCCCGGCGUCAAUAUUUGACAAUGUCAUCAACUCGAUGGGGUUGGAGUGGUGCUACUGACACUGCUGAUAACACAGGAGAAGGGGAAAACAGUUCUGGAAUACCUGGUGAGGCUCUAGCUGGUGAAGACAGUAGAGAUGGUUCACAGACUGCUACAAAAGAUGACCCUAAGGAGUGGUUCUACGACGAGCUGGCGAUGGAGGAGAUGGAGACUGGUGAGGAGCCGGAUCCGGAAUCUGAUGAGGAUUACUUCCAUGACACGUACGCGAAUAGGAGGCGGCGCAGGGGAGGGGCCGCGCCCACCGGGCCGGGGUCACGUGGCGGCCGUGUUAGGAAGCAGCCAGACGACACGCCAGCCAAGCGAGGACGAGCGGGUCGUGGUAGAAAGAAGGCGGCACAAAGUCCCGCCCUUCCGUACGAGGAAACAGGCGAUUCAGAGAAACCCUUCGGUUGCGAACUUUGCGGAGCGAAAUACAAGACACGCGCGGGCCUCACUUAUCACUUCACGCACACGCACAAGGACCCCACUGGGGGACCGAGUGGGCCCCCCGCUGCUGGCAGCGACGGGGACUCGCGUGACAGCCGGGCGGGCGCACAUACACCCCCAGGACCACAGACGCCCACCACAUCCGCUGGGACCCCGGCCGCUCCUGCCACAGAGUAUCAGGAUAGCUACGUCACGUUCCUCAAUAAUCCAGCUGUAGGAGCUGGUAAGUAAAUAGUUCUUAGUUGAUCUGAUUUAAGGUCGACAUUCACUUUCUUAUGUAAAUUAAUAAUCUGCUGUCAUGAAGUUCGUCAUUUAUAUUAUUGUCGAAUACAUUUUAGAAAGGAGUAUGGGCAAUUUACUAUGAGAGUUCGGCUAUUUUUGCGUAACCGUGCACAUUGUUGGAACAUCUGAUUUUCGCAAUUUUGUUUUUGGAUUGUAGGCCCUUGGUCACAUGAACGAAAUAUACUGUUAAUAUUUUUUGCGAUACUUUAUAGUUAUUCUUGUUUGAAAUAACUUAUAAUGUAAACAAUAACUUUGAAGUAUUUUUAUUUUAAAAUAAAUCGUAAGUGUAUUUUAUAUUUGCAAAAUUAAUUUGCGAUUUAUAAUCUGCUAUGGAUUAUAAGAACUGAACGGGCGGCCAUGACGGAGCUACGUAUAAU